AUGAAGAGACAACGACUUGAUGCCAGUGGUUCCUUUCAUCAACAAAAUGCUGCCGUAGUGGAGACAUCAUUUCUUGUAUCUCUUGAAAUAGCAAAGAAAAAGAAGCCUCACACAAUUGGGGAAGAGUUAAUUUUGCCAUGUGCCAAAACAAUGGUAAAGAUUGUUUUGGGUGAGAAAAGGGCUGAAAAGCUGAAUGCUAUUUCACUCUCAAAUAAUACAGUGCAACGUAGAAUCUCCCAAAUAUCUGAUGACAUCAAAGAGCAGGUGAUACAGGAAAUUAAAAGAGCUGGAUUAUUCAGUAUUCAACUCGAUGAGUCCACUGACGUCCAGUCCUGCUCACAACUCCUGGCUUUUGUAAGGUAUGUUCAUGAUGAGGAUCUGAAGGAGGAAUUCUUGUUUUGUGAACCUCUCGAGCAAUCUACAAAAGGUGAAGAUGUAAUGCAGAAACUUACAGAAUUCUUUGAAGCUGAAGGUCUUGACUGGGGCAAUCUCUGUGGGAUAUGCACAGACGGGGCUCCAGCCAUGUUGGGUUCUCAGUCAGGUUUUGUUACAAGAGUUAUACAAAAAGCACCAAAUGCUAUCCCUCUUCACUGCAUGAUUCACAGGCAAGCUCUUGCAUCAAAAACGCUACCCUCAGAAUUACAGGACACUCUGAAUACCAUUAUAAAGACAGUUAACUUUGUAAAAGUUCAUAAAGCUAACAAAUUAAUGGAAGCGAACGAAGAAAAGGGCCCUGGAUUAGACGCGGAGAACCAAGCAAAAUUACGAUUUCAGGAGGAGCUCCAGAAUUUGGGUUUAGAGUCGGGUCACUCAGAAUUCGGGUCAUGUUGCAGACCAUGCAAGCCACAUCGCAAGUUUGAGUUGCGCUCCAAAAGCAGGAAAGGAAUCCUCAGGAGCAUAUCUGUUGGGUCUGGUUGA